AGCAUCUAAUUUCAUCCGUGAAGACUCUCAAGCGCCUGUUCAGGGCUAUUGCUGGAAUACACGUUAUGAGUUGAUGUUGAUGAUGGGCUUGUUUGUUAAAAACAACCUGUUGAAAGUGUUUCUCCAUGAUCCUGCCUCCUGGUAAAUGUUUAUGGGAGAUAUUAUUUCGCCGCUCGGUUGCCAUGGCAGAAGAAAGGGAAGGAGUCUGAAGCGAGCGGUGUCAACUUUUAUUCACAUGGCGUUUUUCUCGUUCUUGAACGCAGUCUGCAUGUAAAUGUAGUGGAGAUAAGCAGCUUCACAUCACAUUCACAGUGAGGAGGAACUCCAGGACAGUUUGACGACGCGGGACAUCGAGUGAAUAACGGGAGAAGAUCAAAACAACAACGAGGCCACCGAAGAGGCCGUGUCCUUGGGCAAAGCAACACUAAUUUAUAACAUUCUCCUUUGCUUUUGUUUGACAGACAGCCGCCAUCAUUCCGUGCUGCAAGGGCGACCCCAAAAUGUCUUCCAACGGGGAUCUGCAAGACGUUGGGAGCUGGGACAGCUUCUGGGAGCCUGGGAACUACAAGAGGACGGUUAAGCGCAUUGACGAUGGCUACAAGCUAUGCAACGAGCUGGUCAGCUGCUUCCAGGAGCGGGCCAAGAUUGAGAAAGGCUAUUCCCAGCAGCUGAGCGAUUGGGCAAGGAAAUGGAGGGGUAUUGUGGAGAAAGGCUCACAGUAUGGGACUCUGGAAAAGGCCUGGCAUGCUUUCAUGAAUGCGGCCGACAGACUGAGUGAGAUCCAUAUGGAACUGAAAGAGAAACUGGUUGUUGAGGACAGUGAAAAGAUUAGAAACUGGCAGAAGGACGCCUUCCACAAGCAAAUGAUUGGUGGAUUUCGUGAGACCAAAGACGCAGACGAAGGCUUCCGUAAGGCCCAGAAACCCUGGGUCCGAAAACUGAAGGAUGUGGAAUCUACCAAAAAAAGUUACCACCAAACCCGGAAGGAAGAGCGCACGGCAUUGACCCGUGAAACUCAUGCCAAGGCCGACACCACCAAAUCCCAAGAGGAGGUCCGCAAGUUCACAGAUCGCCUGGAGAAAUGCACCCAAGAGGCAGAGAAGGCUAAGGAACGCUACGAGAGAGCCCUGGACGAGCUGAAUCGAUGUAACCCACGUUACAUGGAGGACAUGGAGCAAGUGUUCGAAAUCACCCAGGAGGCCGAAAAGAAGAGGUUGCGCUUUUUUAAAGAAGUUCUUCAGGACAUACAUCAGCACAUGGACCUCUCCAACAAUGAUGGAUUCAAAGCCCUGUACCGAGACCUCGGCCAGACCAUCAGCGCAGCGAGCGACACGGAGGACCUCCGGUGGUGGAGGAACACCCACGGACCCGGCAUGAGCAUGAACUGGCCGCAGCUCGAGGAGUGGUCACCAGAAUCGCACCGAUCCAUCAGUCGAAAGGAAAGAAACAGUCAUGAUGACGUGGUCACUCUGACUAAUAUAGUCUCGGCGGGACACGAACCCCCUCAGAACCCAGAGGAAACUACACGGUGGCACGAGUCGGACUGCUAUUACGAGAACCUAAGUGGCUAUGCACCGGCGGGGAAAGACUACUCCUCGGACUGGUCUGAUGACGAGAGCCCCAAAAAAUACAUCGCAACCAACGGGGUGGAGGAGGAGGAGAAGGUAGUCGGGGUUCGUGUUAGAGCGCUGUAUGAUUACACAGGGCAGGAGGCUGAUGAGCUGAGCUUUAAAGCAGGUGAAGAGUUAAUGAAGCUGGGCGAGGAGGACGAGCAGGGCUGGUGUAAAGGACAGCUGUCCAGCGGAGAGACGGGUCUCUAUCCUGCAAACUACGUCCAAAUCCUCUCGUCCUGAGAGCCCGUCUGCCUCGGGCCGGACACACACACUUAUCUGAGGCAGUCAUGAGGUGGAGUCACACCGAACCACGGAGCGAAUGCCCCGACACGCCAGAACAUUAGAGAGGAGCGAGUUCAGUGAUUGAGUUUUGAUUUUUGCUGACACACUAGAGGACUUUGAGAAUAGCUAGCGGCCCUUCGUCCUCGGGCCUCGAGAAAGAUCAGUGCCUUUAUUGUACAAUGCCAGAGACAUGAAUGCAGGACACAUCUACUGUCUGAGGGAAAUCUGCCACGUGUGAAUCACCACUGUUGGACUGUUUUGGACCUUUUGUCAUCGCAGUCCUCUUAUUAUUUUAGUACUUCACAUUUUCAGAUAUGUAUCAGAAUCAUUUCAAGUAUUCGAUCAAAUCUUCAACUAUGUUCAGGUUCAUGAGAAGUGUGUUAGUGUGUGGAUAUAUUUUGUAUGAUAUGUUUAGAUGGUUCUAGUUUAACUGAACAUUUCUUUGCCUGUAGUUCAGAAGUGAAGGAUUCUUCAUUGCAUAUUUACGUUUUCACAAAGAUAUAUGGAUUUAUAAUAUUCAAAGUAUCACUGGGCGGAUCUUCAUUCUUGAGAAUCUAAAAUCUAGUCAGUGGGAUCAUUUUACUUUUUUAAUUCAUCUUUUUGUUUUAUUUGGAGCGCAAGAUUGUUUCUGUUGUUAAAUGAUAUAAAGGAUCAGAGAGGGCAAAACCUCCAGGCUUCUUGUGUGUUUGUGUGUGUGUGUGUGUGUGUGUGAGCGGUCAUGAGAAAUAUGCCCAUUUCCACACGCUCUGCCUCCAAUAAACAUGGUUUUACAUCAAACUACUGUAACAGCCAAUACUAAUCAAUGUAAAAAAAUCAAAUAAAAAAUCAAAUAAACGUGAGAUUCUGAUCUUUGUA